UAGAUCGCUUCUGACCAGGUGCUUUAACUUUUCUUUCUUACAUUCGUUGACAAUCUUCGCCGUAGUGUGGUGUUGCGCAAAAUUUUCUUCCACACUGGUUCGAUCGAAAAUAAAAAAAUUUUAUGUGUUUCGAGUGCGAUCGAUCGGCCGUGAUGAAAGUUUGAUUCAAGAAUCGCAAGUCGUGUCGUGUGCAAUUUGUGUCGCGAGAAUCGCGAGGAUGAAACGAUUGACUUGACGCGACGAUAUUACAUUUACGAAGCAGGGAAAAGAAAAAAAAAUAUGCGAUCGCGCGCUGUCGCGGAUCCAGCAGCGCAGCAGCCGCUGCAGGGCGCAAAAACCAAUUACGACGGCACGCGCGGACUUUUACUGUGUCAUCUCCGUCGCUCGAGAACAAUAAGAUUACAUUGAUCCGCAGCGUGUGCUCGCGCGCGUGUGAAUAUACAUCGAUGUGUGCAGCGAGGCAAAAAAACGCUGACGCUCCGUAAGAGUAGUAGUAGUAGUGGGCGUUUACACGAAAAAAAAUCAACAAACAAGCCCCCGGCUCGAAGCAGCGACGAUCCACGGCAGCAGCGAGCGAGCAAGAGAGGGUCUGGCCGAUGUUGCGCCGCUGUGCAAAUCCACAGGUGUCUAUCGGCUUUUCUCUCGCGGUAGUGGUGCACUGCUACUGCUACUUUAUAUGCUCGCACGAGCUCCGUACCGCGCCCCCCGCGCUGCCAGUGUGCUUAAUUAAUCCUCGAAUAUCGGCAUAUUUUCUCCGUCUCAAUUAGACACUUUGUGCAGUUGCCGACUGCGUACAUAUUGCGAACGUACAUAAGAACGAAGGAGGAUUGCCAGUGCCAAAAAUAGUAUAACCAGCUUCGAAGAAAGAGAGAUCGGCUAGCAACGAUGGACGAUACGGAGCUCAUCUCGGAAGAAGAUUCUCCGCAUCGAGUUUUAUAACUCUCGCCACGGCAGCGUCUAGUGCCUCUAUACUAGACAAUCGAUCCUCGAUGCCAUGGAAAUUGGCCGAGCUCGAGAGUCUUCUUCUUCGUCGUCGUUUAUCAACAGCAGCAGCGACGGCAACCGCCACACCACGCCUACGUUAUAAGCUGCCAAUCAAUUUCAUGCGAUUCUGUUCCGCGAUAGCCGCGCGAAACGAAGUGAACGAACGACUACGACGACGAGGACGAUGAUGAUGAUUUCUCGUUGAAGAAUAAAAGUGCACGCGGGUUUAUAGAAAAAAAAAGAACCAUCACACUGUACUGCGCUGCGGGGCUCUCGAUGGUUAUUGGUUUUUUUUCUUGCUGUUCGGUUUGUUAUCUCGCUAGGAAAAAGUGUGUCUUUCGAUUGAAUUAUUGACUGUGUAUAGUAGAGCGAUCGUCCGUCGCCGCCGCCGCGAUGCCCGUGAACGCGACGAUGUCGGCGAGCACGCUCAUCGACAACGAGCUCUAUCUGAAAAAAUUGGAGCAGGACUGCCUGAGGGACUUGGCGGCCAAUAAUACAGCGGCGCCACCAGAACCGUACUGCAGAGGAGUAUGGGACGGCUGGUCGUGCUGGCCGGACACGCCCGCGGGCGAGACGGUCUACCAAUCUUGUCCAACCUUCGUCACGGGAUUCGAUCCGAUGCUGGUGGGACACAAGCAGUGCAUGCCUGACGGCACGUGGUUCCUGCAUCCCGAAUCGAAGCAACCAUGGAGCAACUACACGACCUGCGUGAAUCUCGUUGAUCUAGAGUGGCAGCAGCACCUGAAUCGACUGUACGAGACCGGCUACUCGAUAUCACUGGUGGCGCUGCUCUUAUCCCUGGGAAUCCUCACGUACUUUCGCUCUCUGAGAUGCGCCCGCAUCACUCUGCACAUGAACCUGUUCGCCUCGUUCGCUAUGAACAACGCCCUGUGGCUCAUCUGGUACGGCUCCGUCGUCAAUACCGAGCUUCUCUUCAACAACAGCAUAAUGUGUCGCAUCCUGCACGUGAUACUGCACUACUUCCUGCUGACGAACUACGCGUGGAUGCUGUGCGAGGGCUUCUAUCUGCACACGAUCCUCGUGUCGGCCUUCACGAGCGAUCGACGCCUCGUCAAGUGGCUCAUGGCCCUCGGCUGGUCCGUGCCCGCCGUCAUCAUUGUCAUUUACACGUCGCUCAGGUCCAACAGCCUCGAUCCGGCCGACAGCAAGCAGUGCUACAUACACGAGGGUAAUUACAUGGUCGUGCUCAUGUAUCCUGUCUGCGUGUCCAUGGCCUUCAAUCUGCUCUUUCUCUGCAACAUCGUGCGCGUGGUGGUGCUGAAGCUGAGAUCGGGCCCGUCUAUCGGACAGUCGCAGCCGCCGAGGGCCAUUCUUCAAGCCUUCAAAGCAACGUUUCUGCUGGUGCCGCUGCUGGGUCUGCAUUAUUUGGUGGUACCGCUGAGGCCGGAGAAAGGUGCCAGCUGGGAAAAGUUUUACAGUGUCAUAUCGGCCAUAACAGCCUCGUUCCAGGGUCUCUGCGUGUCCGUGCUCUUCUGUUUCUGUAACGGCGAGGUGAUACAGCAGUUCAAGCGGAAAUGGGAAGGUACGGCGUUCGCGAGGAAGCGCGCCAAUUCUUGCACGGCGACGACAGUAUCGGUCCGCUGGCGGGAGAGGAGAAGGUAUGACUAUCAGUCGGCUCCAUUGGGACCGGACCUCAGCGACGACCAGCUGGUCUCUUCCAAAAGAAACGCUAAUCACAAUCAGGAACAGCAGCAGCAGCAGCAGGAGAAACAACAACAGGAACAACUGCGACCACAGGAGCAAAGAGGCACCGAUGAGGAGGAACCGCCCCAUGCGAUUAUGCCCAAUGGAACGACGAGCAACGAUCACGGCGAGCCAGCCAAGGACCGACGAAUUUUCGAGCACCGCCUGCAGCUGCCUGCACAGUUGUCGCGUUAACGUAGACAAAAAGAGAGUGACGCUCGUCACACAAACACGCGCUUUUCCACCGAGAUAUUUGCAUUUAUUUUUUGCUAUUUUGUCAAUGCGUGAACGAGCGCCGAUGUCACAUUGUAUCAUAUUGUAUAAAAUAAUCGUCGUGUUUUUCUAUAAAAUAUUGAUAUAAAAAAAAUGGGAAUGAUAUUCGAAUGUUAAGAGAUUAAGAUGGAUUUAUGUAUACAAUUGUAUUGAGACGGUGUUAAAAAGACAUUCAAUAUGUAUUAGUAUCCAUUCAACAUAUGAUCGAUUUUCUGUGGAAUUAAAUGAUCAAGGACAUUUUUUUUGAUGGCAUGAAAAACUUAUUUAUCUUUGUUUAAUAUCAUAAGCAAUCUCUGUAAAUUUUUUGAUGACGAAUCAUUAGAUUGAACUUGAUGAACUUGAUUAUAAUUCGGCCUUUAUCUAUAACAUCAGAAACAAUUUUUUCAUACUUUCAAAAACAAAUUUUUGUCAUUUAAUUUCAAAAAGAAAGCGCCAUAUACAUUAGACUGUCACUUAUCUCUCCAAUGUAAACGUCAUUACUCCAAGAGCUUGAUUAUUUUAUGUAAAAUUAUAAUUAAAAAAUGGAGACAAUUUUUUCCUGUGCUUCUUUCUAAGCGCUUUCUUUUAAAUAAAUUGAUUUUAAAAAUAGAAAUAAUCGAAUCAAGCAACGAUUUAUCUAAUUUGAAAAAAGACAGUCUUGUAUAUAGAAUUAUGUAACUUUGUUAAACAAUGUCUAUCUAAUAAAGCAUGAAAUUAUGUAAAAAAGUUACUACGAUGAAUAUUUUAAUAGGCAAAUAUAUUAUACAUAUAUAUAUAUUGUGAUACUGUAGAAUUUUUGUAAUUCAUUACUGCUGCAGACAUAAUCCAAUAUAUAUACGAGAGGCGUUCCUGGAAAAAUUGAUUUUUGAGCUUAAAAUUUUAAUUAAACCUGCUGCACAUUUAUUCUGCAAGUGCAUUGUGAUUUGUCCAACAAAAAAAAGUGAAUACCAGCAUCGAGUCCCUGAAACAUCUUAAAAUAAUUUAGUUGUUUAACAAUCAAAAGGAGUCUAAUAAAAUAAAAAAUCUACGCACUGUUAAUUGUCUACUACGUAACGGAUACAAUCUAACUGUAUAACAAAAAUCAUCGAUGUUCAAAAUGUAAUGUACCCGUGCAUUGAUGUAAUGAUGAAUAUGCCAGUUUGAAAUAUGAAUCGGAGAAAACGUUAAUCAAAUUUCAGAAUCAUAUCACUAAGAGACAUCCCAAUACAUAUUCAUUGCUGGUACUGUUAUUUUUUCGGAUGCACGUUCGAUGAAUUAUUAAUAUUUUUAACAGUUUUAUACGUCAUGUGAGAAUGUUUAACAAAUCGUUGAGAUGAUAAUCAUUGUUAAUUUAAUCAUAGUUUACUAUGCCUAACCUUCAGCUUAAGUUUUGCGAAUGAAAGUAGAAAAAAUUUAAUAUAUAUAUAUUGUAAAGUAAUCUUUUCAUAUUCAUUGAAACUAUAUAAUUGAACAAUAAGCGUUAUUUAUUUUCAUGGCCUACGAAUGUCUAAAAAUUAAAAAAAAAACAAGAAUCUACCAUGAGAUGUGUAAAUAACAUUGUACAGUAUUUUUUGGUAUUGCACUUUUUAACAACUUCAAUACUGAAUUAUUUUUGCGUUUAAAGUUAAGGCAUUAAAUAUUUAAAUUACUAACUUACUUCUGUCCAUGGUAAGCUGUAUAAUAUUGAAUUUGAUAAAACAAUUGUUAAUGAGUACUUACAUUUUAUUUGAAUAAUAAUAAAUAUAUAGAAUAAA